UCUAUAGGUAAACACACGCGAUAAUGACAUUGAAAUAUAUCAUUACAAUUUCAGCUGGUUCACAUCCCUUUCUGUACAGCACAUGUUAGUGUUCAGCCCGUGAAACACAUUAUAAAACACGGGAACAGGAAGCCAAGGAUGGCUUUUCCAUGUGUGCGACUGUGCACUUGGCACAUGAGCAAAGGUCUUCAGGUCUGUGGUUAUGCGACACUCAGUAGAUCAUCCAGACCUCAGGAUAAAAGCAGCAGUGGUCCAGUGUUUCAGUAUGUGGGCCAGCACAGAAAGCCCAGCCACAAAGUGUUUGUAUGGGGCUUCAGCUUCACCGGGGCUCUGGGUAUCCCCAGCUUUGUGGUGCCGGACAGCGGCAGGAAGACGCCUCGCAAAUACCAGCUGACACCUUACCGACUGGACACCGCAGAGCAGAUCUCAUCUGCGGCUUGUGGUUACGGCUUCACUCUCAUCGCCUCACGGACCAAAGAUGUGAUCAAGCUGUGGGGCAUGGGCCUGAACAAGGACUCACAGCUGGGCUUCCAACGCACGCAAGAAAGCCGACAUAAGAGCUAUGACUACGUGUUGGAGCCGUCCCCGGUGGCUCUGCCUCUUGCCGAGCCUCUGAAGACCAGAGUGGUCCAGGUUGCGUGCGGCCGCGCUCACUCUCUGAUCCUCACCGACCAGGAAGGAGUUUUCAGUUUGGGCAACAACGCGUACGGUCAGUGUGGGAGACGGAUAGUUGAAGAUGAAGUUUACAGCGGCAGUCACACCAUUCACAAGAUGAGAGGCUUCAGCAGCAGCGUCGCUCAGGUGGCGUGUGGACAGGAUCACAGCCUCUUCCUCACCGACACGGGGAAAGUGUUUGCAUGUGGAUGGGGUGCAGAUGGACAGACGGGUCUGGGUCACCACAACGUCAGCUCCAGUCCGGUGGAGUUGGGGGGGGAUCUGGCCGGGGUGGAGGUGCAGCAGAUCGGCACGUAUGGAGACUGCAGCCUGGCCGUGUCCACAGACGGCCGGCUGUACGGGUGGGGAAACUCCGAGUACCAGCAGCUGGCCUCGGUAACUGAGGCCACGCAGCUCAACUCUCCUCGUCUUCUUCCUCUGAAAGGCUGCGGGAAGGUGGUUCAGGCAGCAUGUGGAGGCACGCAGGUCGCCAUCCUCAACGAAGAGGGAGAGGUGUUUGUGUGGGGCUAUGGUAUUCUUGGGAAAGGUCCAAACCUCUCGGAGUCCUCGACCCCGGAGAUGAUUCCCUCCACGCUGUUUGGACGCACAGAGUUUAACCCCUCAGUCGUCGUCACCAGGAUCAGAUGUGGCCUCAACCACUUUGCUGCAGUGACGGAUCGAGGCGAGCUCUUCGUCUGGGGGAAGAAUGUGAGAGGUUGUUUGGGCAUCGGGAAGAGAGACGACCAGUUCUUCCCGUGGAGAGUAAGACGACACAGAUUCAAUAUUAGUCGUGCAAACAAGUCAAACCUGCAGCUGAAGCCAAUCUGUGAACUUUGACUUCUUUCUUUAAAGCAGACGUACAACACUUUAUCAUCCCCCCCCAUCCCAACAAGAGAACUUACACAAAAUAUAAUCUGAAUACUUUGGAUAACUUUAAGAUCAAAAAU